UUUCUCCGCGCGUCAAUUUCUUCAAAAAACACCAAAUCCCAAGCGCGCUCGACGGCAGCUGCACUCGAGGCCCCUCCCUGGUAAUGGACGAGCAUGAGCGACUAUUGCAUCGAUCUGCGGGACCGUCCCCCCAAAAAACACUGGCAGCAUUUACGGUAUGCAUAUCGUUUGUAGAAUGUCGUCGUUUUGGGGGCCACAGCGGACAGCGGGGCACGCCUGGAGCCACAGUGCUUUCUGAAGUCAUUUUAACCACCGAGUAAGAAAAGGUUAGCCCCCCGCCCCCCGAGGCUUGUGCAGCGGAGGGGAGCCAACAGGCCCUGGCUAAGCAGCGGACUGGAGUACACGCCGUAGCCGCAGGAGCCGCGCGGGCAAUUGACAAGAAUACGCCUGGCAAGUUCAGAGCGCCCGCCUCCGACAAACCCCGCUAACGCGCGGGAGUAGCCGUCAAGAUGGAACAAAAGGCCGGCUCGUUUCAGAUGUGACCGCUCCCACGAGCAGCCGAGGGCUUCGCAGCAUCGCCCGGACCGAAAAACAAACCCUCGGAAGACAAGGCAUGAUGGACCGAGCAGGAAGCAUCCAACUGGAGAUCCCCGACUUCAGUAACUCGGUGCUGUCCCAUCUGAACCAGCUGCGGAUGCAAGGACGUCUCUGCGACAUCGUGGUCAACGUGCAGGGGCAGAGCUUCCGUGCUCAUAAGGUGGUGCUGGCGGCCAGUUCCCCCUACUUCCGAGACCACAUGUCCUUGAGUGAGAUGAGCACCGUGUCCAUUUCUGUCAUCCGCAAUCCCUCGGUCUUUGAGCAGCUUCUGUCCUUCUGCUACACCGGCCGCUUGUGCCUGCAGCUCGCCGACAUCAUCAGCUACCUGACGGCCGCCAGCUUCUUGCAGAUGCAGCACAUCAUCGACAAGUGCACUCAGAUUCUGGAGAGCAUCCACUUCAAGAUCAGCCUGGCCGACGUCGAGGCCGAGCUAAACCAAGGGAGCCGAGGCAAGCACCAGGAAAGGCCCGCCGAGAUCAGCCGAAGCACUGGCGGUAUGGCGCGCUCCAUGAGCCCCCGGCACAGCAGCCCGAGAGCUGGCCGACGCUGUGGUGGAGUGAUUGAUGUCCGGGAGGUGAGUCCGCCAGGUGAGUCGAUGAGCCCGCAGAUUAUCGAGCACAGUUCAGAGAGCAUCGGCAAGGAACCGAUCCUGAGGAUCAACCGAGCUGGGCAGUGGUACGUGGAGACGGGCCUGGAAUCGGACCGGGCGAGCGGUCGCAGCGGAGCGAUGGACGACGACGUGCAAGUGGUCGAUGGGCUGCGGAUCAAGACGGAGCGACUGGAGGAGUGGAUCGGGGCAGAGACGCAGGCUUCAGGAGAGGAGGGAAGCAGUGCGGAGGAGGUGACGGCCAUGGUGAUUGACACCACGGGUCACGGCUCGCUGGCACAGGAGAGCUUUAGCGUGGCUUCGGGAGCCAAGGGCUCCCAGCCGUCGAGCAGCCUCAGCGAGAUUGACAGGUUUAGCCCAACGGGAAGUGUCGUGAUGGCGGAGCGCCAACGAGCAAAGAGCGAGUCUCCUGGCAGAGUGGACGAUCAGCGGCACCCAACCUCGCAGGGAGAAGAGCAGACCGUGUUCGACAUGGGGGGCUACGAGGAGUACCUGCGUGAACAGGUCGGGGACCGAUGGUUUCGUUACAACCCAAGGCUGACCUGCAUCUACUGCUGCAAGUCCUUCAACCAGAAGGGCAGCCUGGACCGCCACAUGCGCCUGCACAUGGGAAUCACCCCAUUUGUGUGUCGGAUUUGUGGAAAGAAAUACACGCGGAAGGACCAGCUGGAGUACCACAUCCGCAAGCACACCGGCAACAAGCCCUUCCACUGCCACGUCUGCGGCAAGAGCUUCCCCUUCCAGGCCAUUCUGAACCAGCACUUCCGCAAAAACCACCCCGGGUGCGCCCCUCAGGAGGUGUCACACAGCGCCUCUCCGGAGACCACCGUCACCUCCCGGGGCCACAACGAAGACGAGUCGCCGUCCCAGGAGGAAGGGGCUUCGGCCGCCUACGGCGAAACGGUGCAGCCGUCUGUCUCGACCACGGGGCCGGAUUGACGACGGGGUCUCGGCUGGGUGUGUCUCUUUUCUGUUACCUCGUUUCCAUAUGCACGAUUUUCGAGGGGGAGUCGGGGCCCACCAGAGUCCAUGAAGUUACCUCACCUCUCGAGUGGAAGUGAAAAACAAAAGAAAUGACAAGUGUGCUUGAGAAGGAACGGCCAGGAGCCCCCCGCUGAACUUGCCAUUUGCUCUCCUAAAUGUUGUGCCCCCCACCGCCGUCCGCUUGUGUCUUUAGUGGGUUUUUACAUCUCGAUGUGAGCUCCUCCUUGACAAGUUGAGGAUGUGACGCCCUCGAGACGGACAUUGUCACCUGAUCCGCCCCGGUCUCAUUCACGGCGGGAGGCCCCCUCAGUACCUUCACUCCUACGUGACGUGGCCACUGGCCGAAAAGAGCUGCAGCUGUCCGACACGACGCCUCGGGCAGGAUGGCGAAGGGCGCGCGGCCAUGUGAUUGUAGUGCUUGAGUUGUCAGCGUAGUUUAUUAGGCGCUGCCCGCCCGCCCGCCGUCUAGUCACGUCGUGUCUGGGCAGGGCGUCUCGUGUUUUUAGGACUAGGAGCUUGUCUUGUUAUGUUGAGCACGUAAAGGUGACAAAUGUCUCUUUACGCUCAUGAAAUGUUUGUUCUGGGGUUGUCAUCGUCACUAAACCGAGCACAGUCGGUCACCGCCAGGAGCGUGUCAUCCCAAACUCGCUCUGUCUGCGGCCCUCCUGUCGCGCCUCGUGACGUCACACGUGAGCGAUGGGCCCCGAGGUGCGACUCGCAUUUCUGGGCCUUCGUGCAUUUGAGCUUCACUUCACGGCCUUCAUGUCGUUUUCGAGAUCGCCGGCGCCUUCCAGCUCCAGUGUGGACGUCGAUUUGACGACUCGGCCCUCGAGUGUCACAGAGCAGCGUUUUGUGAAUGGCACAGUCUGGAGGGCGGUAGGAUGCCAGUGACGUGCCCCACCACUGCCCAGGGCUCGGUGACUUCCACGUUUCCCUGGCGUUAACUUUGACAGCGCUGGGUGGGCUGACGUUUUCCCUUCAUUUUGCCCUUUUUGUUGAUAUGGUGAGGCCUGGCACGUCAUAAGUCGCCAGGCGGUCAGUUCGCUCACCCAGCGCUGUCACAUCGUCCUCUCGAUCGCGUCGCCUCUACUGCUUUGCCUUUCCACUGUGUGUUGUUUUGGCUGAAGGCUCCGCCCCACUCAUGAAUAUUAAUGACUUGAUUGGUUUGCAGUAUUCUCGGCGUUAUUUAAUCCACUAGAUGGCAGCAGAACAUGGCGCUGGGUGCCUGUCCCGUGAGACAUUCGGGCUUAACCGUGUUUACACAGAAUUCCAGUCGUGAGAGCGGCUUGGAGUGAAUGCCAAGGAGGUUAGGGUGGCACGGCAGUGUUGCAGUCUUCUGUUUCUUCUACAUGGUAAACAGGCGGGAUGGCAUUUUUGGCAGGCGCACCCUGUGAUUUGAUAUUGGCACGUGUAGUUUCUAUGUCCUCGCUGCUGUGUGACUGUGAGGUGCCAGCACGAGGCCUGGCAGAGAGUGCCACAUAUUUGGAGCCCCUGUUUUGUGUAAGCCUCCCUUGUGAGGAAAGCAGUGAAGGUGACGCCGUUCAUCGUCCCUCUGACCCUCCGAUUCCUCCCCUUCGUUCCUUUUACUUUCACGGUAAGAGGAGCUGCAUGGGCUUAGUGGAUGAAUUGGUGUGAGCCACCAUGAGAUGAAAUGUGGUGGGCACAGAACUCGUGGGUCUUCUGAUUGGGGCGGGACGAGUGGUCGGAGCUCACGCUGUGACUACGGCUGUGGUGGUGGUCUUACUGCCACGUCCACCUCCAGUUCUGUCCCGUAUUGUGCCGAUCAGCAUGGCGCUCUCUGAAGGGGAGAAGGUCGUCGCCCACCGCACACUCCACUCACCCUCGUCCACCCUCACCAGCCGGGACGGCCAUUUCAUGUCAGGUCACAUGGACAGACCUGCGUGUCCGAGCGGCGAGGGGGCCGUUGAGCGAAUGGGGGGCUAACCAAGUGGUCACUGAGGGAGAGCAAGAGCAGUGUGAUAGGAGACGGGCACAGGGCACCGACAUCAAGGUCGUGGUUGGGCGUUGGUCCUCCCAUGGUUUGGUGUGCUCGGGGUUUGUUUUCUUUCAGGGGUCUUCACAUUGGGCUUCUGCUUGUUGCCCCUGGUGUGUGCUGGAGUCGUUUUGAGAAGAUGCCAACCACGGUAGACCUCCUUUCAGGCUGCUGUUCUCCACUGGUGCCCACACCCUUGUGGGUUCGCUGGCUCUGCCCACUGUCCUGGCACACUUUGCCCCCUUGUCUUGACAGUUGGUGCCUGUUGAUUAGGCGAGGAGACCUUCAGCGUUGUGUCAUCAUCAAUUGGCACCUUGGGCCCACCUUGCCAAGGGCUCUACUGUACCAACAAGAACCUGGUGAAGUCAGCUGCCAGUCUCCUCCUGAUUUACAGGCUGUGGUGACGAUGACCACUGAAGUGUCACAGGUGGCCUUUUAUACCAUAAAGACUGGGCAGGCGUGACGUCACUCAGGGCCACCAAGAUAUGGUGCCAGGAGAACACAUAGACAUCACAAGGAUGGCUACGGCCUUGACCUGCCUAGCUGCCCACGUGGGUGGGAUGCCCACACAGAGCUGUGUUGUUUGUAUGUCUUGGUUGGCCGGAGUGAUGUGUACUUGGCAUGCGUCCUCCUCCUCACUUGUCUGGGCACUGACUGUAUGGCGGCGGGUUCCAGAUGUUGACUGGUGCCAAAGCCUCAUUGCUGGACUAAAGGCCGGCUGUCACCAUCCUGACCCCUCUGACUCAAAGGUGAUCUUUUUUGGGUGGCGAGAUCGCCCUUCUCAAAUUCAUUCACAAUGCCAUCUGUGGCUGCUUUUGGGGACAUUGUUGUCAUUGUUGGUCGUUUGCCAGGAUAAGGCUGGCAGUUUGAGGGGAGGAGGACAAAACGAGCAGACCCACCAGCCAUUUGUGGGCACUCGAGGCCCUUAGCCCAUCUCUGGGGGACCCACCGGUGCCAGGGUCAUCCUAAUGGGCCUCUGAUGGGUUCCAUCAAGGCAAAGGGCAGGAGAAGGACUGGCACCUGAGCCUUGGCCCACUGUCUGUGACAUGGACUGCCCCCUUAAGUUUGCGACUGGUCCUAAAACAGGGUGGGCAUCAAUGAUUGAUUGAACCUCGGGCUGCCAUCCCGACGUGUGGAAUUGGCAGUUCAGAAAGCGGAGCGGCGGGUUUCCUUUAGACCCCCAGGUGCUGUCGUCUGGGACAUCUGUGGGACAGGAAUGGUGUCGGUUUAAGAACCGUUGUUGGGUGCCCCCCUGCCUUCUUGGCUCAUUAAGGUGUCUGCUGGAGGCCGCUCGCUGCAUGUUGGCACAUUUCUGUCCACUGAUACACUGCAUGUUGCUAUGGCACUGCCAGUUAUGGUUGACACUCUGAUGUCACAUCUGAUGAAUGACUGACCACCAUCGACACCAAAGAGUCCAAUCCUAAUGGUACUGAGCGGCCUCCGGGCCCAGUGGGCAUCGCUGCAACUAACCCGCCCACAUCCACCUCUGAUGUGCGAGGCCGGGGGGUAAAAGUGCAAGGCGAGGAGGCGACGACGACUCCCUGGGAAGCUGCAGACUGGCAUCUGGCUUGGCAGACCACCCCUUUAGUGACAGCACUGGCAGCCUGAAGAGUUUGAGCGAUGUCCCCCACUGAGGUGAUAGCAAGGGUCCAAUCAAAGGGCAGCAUGUGCAGAUAUGGAGCAUUUACUGUGGGCGUCAAUGUGUGAUUAGUGCGGGCACUGUGCCAGGGCAUGUAGUUAAACGAGCCUGCCCUGUUUUUAUGGUGGUGGACCAGGGGCCAUGCUGCCCGGUCCACAGCUGAGUUGGGGUGUGUUGUGGAGAUGGCCAUCAGGGUCAGUGGUGCCCUUCAGAGACCCCUUCUGUGGUGUGGCGUUUUAGAUGGGCAGCACAUAUGAGCCAGUGGUCUACCUCCCAUUUUCAUGUGGAAGUCAUUGUACUACAAAGCCAGGUGAGGGCAGUAGUGCCAAGUGUGUGCUGAGGUGGCAUGAUUGGCCAGGAGACCUGUGAGGAUGCCAGUGGGGCAGGUUGAGUAUUGUGCCCCAGGCGUUGGUGAGAAACGCAACUUCUACAAAAUGUCUGACGAUUGACCAGAGAGUGUGGGCAUCAUGCCACACUGAUGGGUGGGCAACUGAUGUUUAGUGUGACAACAAAUGAGGGGCACACGCAACAUUCACUGUAAAGGAGGGCAAAUGUGGGCACCCGAGACAUGGACCAACUCACUGGGCGUGGGGUCCAAGCACACUCAUGCCAUCUGGUGGCUCACCUAGCCCCAUUCCCAGACUUCCUGAAUUUGUAAAGUUGGCGUUUGCUCUGUGCACACGGCCUGUGCCUGCUCUGCCAGGAGACGAUGCCAUGGGGCGAGGUCUGCUGCAGGACCAGUUCAAAGAGUGAGGAAGCUGGCAGUGGUACCCGGGUCUCAGUGCCACCCGAGCCGCUGGCUUGCUCAUGUGGUCAGAUAGAAGUGUCCUGCGCUGUGUGUGACGAGCCCCCCCCAACUGUGAAAGGCGCCUGACCCUCCAAGUCCCCCAGUGAGCCACACAGCCGAUGACAUUUGGUUUUUUUUUUGUGGUGUGAGACCCCCAGUUCACGUCGGAUGUGACCACCCACCAAUAAGUGGGACUGGGGGUCGUUUUUUAUCCUCCUUGUUGUUACUAAAGCUGUGCGUUUUUUCCAUUUUAUUUAAACAACUGAGAAAAUAAACUCGUUAGUGAAAGAGGCCA